AUGGUCAACCGCAUCGGUAAUACACUGUACGGUAAUAACACUGCCCGUUGCUGCUUACAGAACCUAUUAAAAAAAUUUUCGAGAAACGGGGAUCAUCAUCAUCAACAUCAACAGCUCAUGAAGGAAUAUGAGGAUCUUAACCACAUAACGAAGACUUCAAUGUCAAAGCAUGAAAUUCAAUAUAAUCCGCUACAUCACAGUUUGCUCAAACCAGAUAGCAUUACAAUCAAGUUAAGAGUGGUAUUUGAUGGCUCCAGUACAUCGAUAUCAGGUCUGUCAAUCAACGACAUUAUGCAUUCUGAACCCAAUUUGAAUCCAGAAAUAUCAGACAUCUUAAUUUGGAUCCGAAGACAAAGACAUCUGUAUGCCACCGACAUCACUAAAAUGUACAGGCAGAUAAAAAUUCAUAAAGAUGACUGGGACCUUCAGAGAAUCCUGUGGAUAGAUGAACAACAAGCAGAAGUGUCAUACCAUUUGACAACAGUCACAUAG